AUGUCGAAUUUAUCAAAGCUUGAGUUCGUGGCACUUGACAUUUCUGGAAAUAAUUACUUGAAAUGGGUACUCGAUGCUGAAAUUCACCUUGACGCUAAAGGUCUUGGUGCCACUAUUACCAAUGGCAAUACAACGUCGAGUCAGGACAAAGCAAAGGCAAUGAUUUUCCUUCCUCAUCAUCUGGAUGAAGGAUUGAAGGUUGAAUAUGUUACGGUGAAAGAUCCACUUGAAUUGUGGACUGGUUUGAAGGAAAGGUAUGACCACCUUAAGGCAACGGUAUUGCCAAGGGCUCGUUAUGAAUGGAUUCACUUGCGGUUACAAGAUUUUAAAACUAUAUGUGAAUAUAAUUCUGCUGUAUACAAAAUUACUUCCCAAUUGAAAUUAUGUGGGGAAGAUAUAAAAGAUGAGGACAUGUUGGAAAAGACUCUCACAACUUUUCAUGCCUCAAAUUUGGUAUUACAACAACAAUACCGUGAAAGGGGAUUCAACAAGUAUUCUGAGUUGAUCUCAUGCCUUCUUGUGGCUGAGCAACAAAAUACUCUUUAUUUGAAAAACCACGACGCCCGUCCCACGGGAACUGCUCCGUUACCGGAAGCAAAUGAGGUUGAAGCACAUGGCCAAGGACGAUAUAAUAAUCGUCGUGGUGGUGGUCGCCACAAAAAGGAGAACAAUAUGGGUUCUCAAAGCAAUCCUUCAAGAGGCAAUUGUCAUCAUUGUGGCAUGAAAGGGCAUUGGAAGAAUGAAUGCCGAGCAAAUGAGCAUUUUGUUAGGCUUUAUCAAGAUUCCUUGAAAACAAAAGGAAAUAAAAAUGGUGCAUCUUCUUCUAAUGCUCGGGUGGAGUCACACUUGACUUAUAAAAAUGAUGUCGAGGCAGGGCCUUCACAAAAAUAUGAUGACAGUAUUGAAGCAAAUUUGGCUUUAAAAGAUGAUGAUUUUGAUGACUUUGAUGAUAUUACUCAUUUGGAAGUUGAAGACUUCUUUGGAGAUCAAAACUAA